UUAAAAUCAAAUUUUAACUAAACAUUCUGAAACAAUAUCUAAAUACAUGUACAAAAAACAAAUUUGAACUAUUUAUAAAAAAUAAUCGCUUUGAAAAAAAUUGUCAAAAUAAUAGAAGAGUGAGAGACCGGCUCAAAGUUGCAGUAUUUCGCGGUUAAAAGUGUAACCAAUCACUUUGAAGCGAUGGCAGCGAUGCUGUGUUGCCAAACCUGCUGGUUUAUUAUAUUGAGGUAGGUCAGAGUGUGCACGUGUUUUUGAUCAACUUGGCCUGUUCGUUUUAUUCCUUAAAUAUAAACAAAUUAAAUAGAAAAAAUUGGCACGAUGGCGAAACAGUGUUUCUUCGUUGGGUGUGAUAAUAACUCUACAAAUAAUCCAGAAAAAUUAUUUCUUACUGUUCCCCAAAAAGUGGAUCGGAGGAAGUUAUGGUUUGAAGCUGUGGGAAGAACAUACAUACCUGGGAAAAGUUUGUACUGUUGUGAAGAUCAUUUUGAUUUGGAAAAGGAUGCUGAAAAUUGGAUUCAUUUCAAAUUAAUGGGUACACGCCUAAUGUUAAAAGACAAUGUGGUUCCAAGAAGCAUGGUGAGGAAAGAAACUUCGUCCCAAUUCACACCAACUUCAAGGAAACGUAAGAUGGAAACACAACAGCACAGUAGAGGGCUUCGAAGGAAACUGUUUCCUGAACCUACUGUACCUGGUACUUCACAGGAUGUAACAGAGGAUGUAGAAGAACUGCAAUUAAAAACAGUGGCUUCACCAUCUGGCAUGUUUGUUAGUGCAAAAUCGCCAGAAAAAUCAGUUUCUCCUUUAAGAACAAAAAGGAGAACUCUUAGAAAAGCAACUCAGACAAGAGUUAGCACAAAAGAUCAGUCAUCAAUGACCUCAGUUGAAGUGGCAGAUAAAAGCACAAACACUCUUCGAUCAUUAUCGUCACAAAUAUAUCAAAGCCCCCACAAACCUAUUCAGGGAUCAUCGACAUCAUUGUCAUCAUCCUCCCUUUCACUCCAAAGUGGAAGUGUUUAUGAGCCAUCAUCGGAGUCAUUGCAUGAAACUAAUAUGAUAUCCAAAGAACUAUUGGUGAAAGUGGAAAUAUUCAAAAUUGAAAAUAAUAGCAGAUUUUAUCUGGGCUUGCCCAAGUCAGAAUUUUUUUUCAUCAAAUUACUCCAAGAAGAAUUAGAAGUUCCUGUAGAACAUAUUUAUAUCGUUCUUAAGAAAAUACGAACAGAUGACCAAUUUGUACGAUUAGGGACAGAUUUUGCAUUAAGCACUAGUGGUGUCAGUAAUAUAUUUUCAAAAACAUUGCCAAAAAUAGCUACAAAACUCAAUGAGUUAAUUUUUUGGCCUGAGAAAAGUAAAAUUCAGCGAGUUCUACCUAGGCAGUUUCAGACGUAUUAUAAAGAUGUUGAAGCAAUCAUUGAUUGCUUCGAAAUACAGAUUGAAAGACCUAGUGCAGCUUAUCAGCAAGCUUUAACCUGGAGCAAUUAUAAAACUUGUAACACAUGCAAGUAUUUAGUGUCAAGUACUCCAAAUGGGCUAAUUAAUUUUAUAUCAGAAGGGUUUGGAGGUCGCACAUCAGAUGUAGAAAUAAUUAAGCAAUCAGGGUAUUUGACCGUUGUAGCUGAAAAUGCAACUGUAAUGACCGAUAGGGGCUUCAAGCAAGUAGCAGGGCUUUUCCAGAAAAAAAAGGUGAAUCUAGUCAGACCUCCCAGCGUCACAAGCACCAGAAAAAUGACGAAGGAUGAGGUAGGUCAGUCGAAACUUGUCGCAGCGUUGAGGAUCCACAUUGAAAGAUUAAUUCGUAGGAUCAGAGAAUUUCGAAUGUUGGGUCCACAUGCUACCACAGAUCAUAAUUUGGUGCCACUUUUGGAUCAUAUUGUAAUUGUUGCUUGUGGUUUGAUAAAUUUGCAAGGUCCAUUAAUACAAUAGUUUUUACAUGGUUUUUAUUUGUAUUUUAUUGGAAACAAUAAAUUAAUUGUAUAAAUAGAA